CUCACCGGCUUCCAGGGCACUCUGACCACAUAUAAGGCUCCAGGGUUGUAAAACAAUGUGGAGAGACCACAGGACCCGACACUGUGACCAUCCCAGAAACAAGGAGGACCAUAUCAGGACUCGUGAGGGGACUAGGACAUGGAAGUCAUCUGAGCACCGGGGCCCAGGUCCCGGCUGUGGUUCCAGCCCAGGUCUCUUGGCUAAUGGCCCCCAUUCUGCGUCUCACCCCGUCUCCUGCAGCAGGUGUGGAGGGAGCCAGUACCUCCCUGAAAAUGAGGGGUCGCACCCCAAGACACCUGAUGGACCCAGACACAUUCACUUCCAACUUUACAAACAACCCUUCUAUCACUGGGAGACGCCGGACCUACCUGUGUUACGAGGUGCAGCUCCUGGAUGGUGACUCCUGGGUCCCUCUGGACCAGUACAGAGGCUUCCUGCAGAGCCAGGCAGGUUAUACAGGCUGCCCACCCCUCCACGCAGAAUUGCACUUCCUGGAUUGUGUUGGUUCUUGGCAACUGGACCCUGCCUGGCACUACAGGGUCACCUGCUUCAUCUCCUGGAGCCCCUGUUUCAGCUGUGCCCAGAAAGUGGCCAUGUUCCUGAGGGGGAACAGUCACGUGAAGCUGCGGAUCCUGGCUGCCCACAUCUAUGACCACCACCCUGGAUAUGAGGAGGGGCUGAAGGCCCUGCAGGGUGCUGGGGCCCAAGUGGCCAUCAUGAGUCGUGCAGAGUUUGAGCACUGCUGGAACACCUUUGUGGACCAUCGGGGAAGGCCCUUCCAACCCUGGAAGGGACUGGAUAAGAUCAGCCAGGCCCUGAGCAGGAGGCUGCAGAACAUUUUCUACUUGGGAACCUCCUUCCCCUGGCUGCCAUCAUACCUGCCUCCUCCCUUCCGCUUUUCUCCUUGGGCCCUUCCCUCCCCUCUACUCAGAUCCUCUCCAUGGUUACCUGCUCCCCCCAAGGACAUCUACCUUCCUCCCUCCCUUCCCUUCUCACAACCUCCCUCUGCUCUCUUACCCGCUGGGCCCCUCUUUCCUGUCCCAGUCCCCAGACCGCCUUUCCUGUCAUCUGUCCCAUUCUCUCACCCCCUGCUCCAUUCAAUUUCUCCUGCCCUCUAGGCUCAGGGAAACUGAGCCUCAGUGUCUGCAAGGAAGACAGGAGGCUUGUGCUGAGCAGCAGAAUGAAGCACCUUCUUCCAAGAAAGGCAUAGUACCUGUCCUCCUGGCCUCCUGUCUAAGUGACCCACACAGACCAGCAAAGCCAGUGAACUCACAAGAUGUAGAUUUAAAAAUAAUUACAGUGAAUUUAGAAUGAAUUACUAUUUUCUUUUUUGUUUUAUUUUUUAUUUAUUUUUUUGUUGUUGUUGCAGUUUGGCCAGGACUGGGUUAGAACCCGCCACCCUCGGUAUAUGGGGCCGGCGCCCCACUCACUGAGCCACAGGUGCUGCCCUUGUUUUAUUUUUUUAAUGACAGAAUUUCUCUGUGUCAGCCAGGCUAGAGUGCUGCGGCAUCAUCACAGCUCAUAGCAACCUCAAACUCCAGGGCUCCAGAGAUCCUCUUGCUGUAGCCUCCCAAGUAGCUGGGACUAUAGGCAGAGCCACUAUACCUGCUACUGUUUGUUGGGGGUUUUUUGUUGGUUUUUUUUUUUUUUUUUUUUUGAGGCAGAGUCUCACUAUGUUGCCCUGGGUAGAGUGCAGUGGCAUCAUGGCUCACAGCAACCUAAAACUCUUGGGCUUAAGCUAAAAAGACCUGGCAUUUUUUUUUUUUUUUUUUUUUUGCAGUUUUUGGCCAGGGCUGGGUUUGAACCCACCACCUCCAGCAUAUGGGACCAGCGCCCUACUCCUUUGAGCCACAGGCGCUGCCCACCUGGCUAUUUUUGUUAUUGUUGUUGUUGUCAUCGUUUAGCAGGCCUGGGCUGGGUUCAAACCCGUCAGCCUCGUGUAUGUGGCCGGCAUGGUUAACAACUGUGCUAUGGGCGCCGAGCCUGAAAGUGUAUCUUAUGUUUGAAAUUUAUAGUAGUAAACAUUUAUAUUUAAAUUUAUAGUAGUAAACAUUAUAUUUAAUGUUAUCAGAAUAUUUUUCAUUUGAUUUUACUGACGUUAUUGUUUGAAUUGGCUUCA